AUGCAACCUGAGGUUCACAGUUCUUCGUUGAAACUAUCGGAUCGAUUUGAUGUAUUGGCGGAUCUACCAGGAAAUGAAGAGCCACAAAAUGAUCUUGAUGAAGACAAUGGGAAUAAAAAUGUAGACGAUGAUGUAGAGGAUGAGGUUUUCUCUGAACAGCUGGAUAAAAAUCUGAACACAAAAGUUGAUUUAGAUAAUCAAAUCUUUGACGAUACUUCUCUUAGUUCCCAAACUGAGUUUGAAAAUGACGUUCUGGUGCAUCGAGGAUUCGUUUCUGAUGGCGAACAGGAACAUAAGAAACGUGGGAGACCUCGUGGCUCUAAGAAGGUCACUCUACUGCCGGGUACUGAAACUCGUCGGCUGACGAGACUACAAGGUGGCUCAGAUCAGGUCAUUCAUAUUGAAGCUUCAAUGCCACAUCUAACUGAAAGAGUUUUAAUCUCUGCUAUUUAUGCUAAGUCUUCAAGGAAUGGUCGACAAGAUCUAUGGGCUGAAUUGUAG